UACAUAUGUAUUGUAUCCUUGUUUGUUUUUCCGUUACUAAAUUUCAACUUUUAUUAAAAUUUUUAAAGUGUUAAAGUUUUGCAAUGAGUGACCCAUUCAUUGCGGACCCAAUGUCCUUUUUAUACUUGGACAUUCUAUGUACGGUUUUAUUAGAAGACACCGAAGACGCGGUGGAAGAAUUUAAUUUAAAAAUGAAUUUGAUUCGCGAACAGGAAAGCAUUUGUGUGGAGAAUGGAAAGAAACUCGUUUCCGUGGAUCAGUUCAUAGGCUCAAUGAAGACAUGUAUUUAUCAAACAGAGCUCGAAUUGCAGGAGAACGAAGCUCAGUUGGUUGCAAUCGAGAGACUUGUUUCACGCUAUGAGGCCAGCAACUUGGUUUUUUUAAAGAGCCCAGAGCUAAUACCUCUGAUACCCAACAGCUAUAUGGCAUUCCUUCAGCUACUUUUAUCGGCAGAUCGAUCGACUGCACAAUGUAACAGCCUAAAAGAAGAGCUUACGGUCUACAACAAUGACGCUAUUGAUCAUUUGGAGUGCCCGAAUUUGAUCACUCAGAUUAUGGACUACCAUUUGAAAGCGCUAAAUACACUGGAGAAUAAGUUGGAUAAGCUGCAAAGGUUGGUCCAAAAUGUGGACAAAAACUAUAAAGCAAUAACCAAAAAGCUACAAAUUAACAGCUUAAGUAACAAGUGCUCCUGUGACAUGGCCAAUAUAAUCAAUGACGAGUGCGUGAACUGAGCGCUAUCAACCGCAGCUUAACUGUUAUAUAUUUCAAAUUCAACAUUCAGUUUAAUGAUUUAUAUGAUACAUGUGUAUGAAUAAUUAGUCAAUUAAAUGCUUUCAAGUUCAA